AUGAUCUGCAAGAGUGGGCUUGAGUGGAGUAGACUUACAUACUUGCGGCUCUUUGGUGCGGCUCAGGGCGAGCGGGCUGAAGGCGCAGUGCCCCCCUGGCACUCACUGCAGCGCGGGGCGGCACGGCACCCUCGCCGCGCCCACGCACGCCGCCCGCAUCUGGCCCCGUGGGUGCUGGCCGCCUACUCCUGCCUGUCCGGGAAACCCAACGGCUUGAACGCUGCCACCUGGGAACUGGUCACAGGUCAGAGCACACAGAACGACCGACAGCACCGCCAGAUCCUCAGACUGGUUCACUUCCCCGGAACCGUGCGCACCGGAGGCCUAUGGACCGGAGACGCGGUUCUGCUGAAGCUCGACGCCCCUCUGGUUCUGGACCGGGCGGCGCAGCAAGUGUGUGUGCCCCACGAGAUGCCCGAGACGAACCACACCUGCGUCGUGGCCGGCUGGACCAGGAACGAGGCGGGCCGGAGCCAGUUCCUGCACCACCACCCCGUGCCGACGCUGGCCCUCGACGCCUGCAACAGCACGCAUUAUCUGGGUCGACUAAAUAACGCCCACACUUGUGUUGGGUUCAGCGACGCCCAGUACACGCCCUGCCACGGAAAACGGGUUCUCGGAAGACGUUCUUACAGUAUGAUACGUAAAGAAAGAUGUUUGGCAGUGCGAAUAAGUCUUGUUACAAAACAAGGAAAAAAACGUUAUAAAGACCAUGUAACCAGACUACAUUCAGCACAAGACAGUGGUGAUGGUGGUUACACGAUUCCUUGUAAGCAGCAGGUCAAAAUAGGCUUAUGUCGUGAGAGGGGGACGUAA